AUGACGCUGGAUGCGCCAUAUCCAAAUAAGGAGACGCAACAUGUUCGUGGACCGCAAAGUACCUUCAGUGCGAGUUUGAAACCACCAAAACGCUACAAGCGCAGUCCGCCAAAUCUCACAGACGAAGUGUCUUUAGGUUUCCUUUCUUCUUUGUCGCAUGGAUACCAAAAUCCUCCUCUUCAACCGUCAAUCUUUCCCCGAAUCUCCUCGCAGUCCGAACGUAAAGAAUAUCUCGGUGUUGACGGGCUCCGUGAUGCUGUACAUCAUCCCGCAAUAGCGAGAUUUUUUAAUGACGAGGAUCAUGCCAAUCGGACUUCUGUGCUACAACAGCAAGAAAUAUGGACUUCCCGCUUCCGCCCCAGGAAAGCCGACGAAGUGCUAGGGAAUGAAUCGCGUGCGUUGUAUAUUCGAGAUUGGCUCAAAGCUCUCGAAAUUCGACUGCAUGUUACGAACUCGCCUCCUACGAAAAGUGGUGCCACUGUCACAGGCAGACGGAAGGUCAAGCCUGACCCACCCGAAAGGGCGCCCAAGCGAACUCGUGUCAUUCGAGCUGUGGAUAAAAAGAGAGGCAGGAAACGACGGAGGCUGGAUUCCGAGGACGAGUUAGAUUCUUUUAUUGCUUGCAGCGACAACGAAGACGAUACGAUCCCGGAUGAGCCAGUGGAAGGAACCGAUGACGAUGAUUUUAAUUUUUGCCGGCGAACGCUUUCCCGCCUUCAGCGAAAGGACAGAUCGCGACCAUUAGAACAACAUCGACCGACCUCAGAGAUUGGUGUUGACAACAUCCCGACUAAUCCAAAUUACCAAUCCUCCGACGCUAAUUUUACCGAUACUCUAACGAACACACUCAUAAUAACUGGGUCUCCAGGGUGUGGGAAGAGCGCAGCAGUUUAUGCGUGUGCAGACGAGCUGGGGUGGGAAGUUUUUGAGGUCUAUCCUGGGAUUGGAAGACGCAGCGGCGCAAACCUCGAUAACCUCGUUGGAGACGUGGGUAAAAAUCACCUCAUUCAACAGACAAGGCCAAAGUACCGGAUGGCAGCUGCACAGUGUGAUUCAAGAGCAACCGCUGCUCUUUCGACGCUUUCCCCUAAAACAGGAAAAGCUAACCCCAAACCCUCGCCUACAGACUUAGAUACCGAGCAUCCUAUUGGCUCAUUAAAAACAAAUGGACCGGCGAAACCGUCUGCUACUGCUCGGCAAUCACUCAUUCUGCUUGAAGAAGUCGAUAUAUUAUUCAAGGAAGACGCUGGUUUUUGGCCGGCAGUGAUAGACUUAAUCAAGGAGUGCCGCCGGCCCGUGAUCAUGACAUGUAACGACAUUACACUUGUCCCCGUCGCGGAUCUCCCUCUCCAAUCCGUUCUGACGUUCCAGCCUUGCCCUUCUGAACCCGCUGUCACGUUUUUGCAAUGCCUGUGCGUAACACAGGGAUACGCUAUCCCAAGAUAUAAGUUAAUCCAGCUUUACGAAACCACGCACAUCGUGCAGAGUAUGGAUCUUCCAGACGCGCCGCUCAACCCCAGAACCGAACCACUACCACCACCGGAUCUCAGGCGAUCUAUUACCCAGCUGCAAUUGAUUUGUACUGACGCCACCCACGAAGCUAAUGUCCCUCAAGAAGCACAGGGGGCCGCUGAAAACUUUCCGUCACUCCCUAUGACAAUUUCCGCCCAAAGCGGUGCUGAUGUUUCUGAGACAUCGACAGAGGAGCUGUGGCGAUGGGCUUCCACUUACACGGAUUGUGUUUCGUAUACUGACAGCUACCUCUGCAGGGGACCAUUGGAUGGACGUGAGGCCCUGUCAUACAACCUAUCUGAAUCUUUGCUUGACGAUGAAUUGGGUCACGCCAUACUAAUCCGGCCGUCCCACGUCUCUGACACGAGAGAUGGACUUGUCUUCUAUCACAAUGAUGAGCUCAUUGUGCAGGAUGCCAUCCACCUUUCACGUGGUAAACACGAGGUUUUGGGUGCUAUUCCGAUCACAACGUCGAUCAACCCCGCGGCUAGUGGUUCUAAUACUGACAUGGAAACCAGGCUCUUCCGAGCUCGCGUGGAGCAUCAAGCACAGAUGCUAGCCGCAUUGCAGGAUAUCGUUCAACCACCCGCACCUCUCAUGCCCCAGAGCAGCGUGUACCUUGAUUACAUACCGUGGGUGAGAUUUAUGGUUGGUGUGGAUGAUAUUCUUGAGCGAUUAGCGUGGGAUGAGAUGGAGAAGGUGAAGUCUGGGAGAUUAACGAGGAAUAGUAUGAAGGCGAGACAUAUACGGACUAUCGAUUUAAGAGAGGAUCAACAUCGGGCGCUGUUCUAUAACGUCGACAUUCACAAAGUCAUUCACAUCGACCAUCCUUGGGGCCGUCUCUUAACUACUCUUCAACAUCCUAUUUACACAGGCAUAAUGCCUGCAUCUACUACAACGAUCAAGCAUGUCAAUCUCUAUUCUUCACCGAAGGACACUAGCGACGGCACCCCUGCACUGAAAGAUGUAUCCAGACAUUCCCCAGUCAUUUCUCUUCCCCCUCUCGAUUAUUUACAACAGCAUCGCAGGGGCUCUAUCACAGAUCCAUCUCUACAUGCUGCCUCGGUAAACUCGUCUGCAGGUCCGCGUCAUAUAGAUGGUAUUGAUUUUGCUUCCCGUGCUAUCAUCCAACUCCGACCACGUCCGGCUGCUAACUACACUUUCGGUGAUGGGGGAGGCUCAACGCACAAUUCUGAGUCUUCAAGUAAACAAAUGCGCAAGAUAUUGCGCUCCCCAUCUGCAGAAUGGGAGCCUGCAAAGGGUAUUGCACCUCUACAGACAUCACUUCCUCCAAACGGGGGAACUAGUGAGUUUGAAGUAUCAUUUGUUGUACGCAUCUUCAGUAAUGAGAAACAAUCGCCCAGAGUUAAUACACGACAAGCAGACGACAGUGAUCACAGUUCACGAAGGCAAUCGAUUGCUAAUUCUUCGGAUUCCCAAAUGCCACACGGAACGAAACGAAAGACAUCUACUUACAGGGAAGCCGAUGGGAGCGAUGACACAGAUUCGCAACUGGUAGGACCUGGGGUACCUAGUCCCAUGACCAUCGAUUCAGAAGGACGCGCACAAAAACGGCGAGGGUCGACCAUUGAAAUGAGCAGGAUAGCCCAGCUAAGCAUAUACGACCAGAGGCGACAUUCAGUGCAUUCUGGAACGAUAGCGUCAAGGGCGAGCACAGGAAUCUCGGGAGGAAAUGGGCACUGGUGGUUGAAUGAGAGACGGGAUUCCUUACCACCGUCGUUCCCAAACGGGAUCACUAGUGGCUACUCCUCGGCAUUAUCCGGCGAUCAGCCACAUGGUCGACCUGCUGCACCCUCGACGCCAGGCAGCAUGGCGACUUUCGCGUGGUCUGCAGCACAACACCCGGACGGCUUGCAAGAUCCUAAUAUACAGCACCACCCCCGUUCUUUUGAAACACAACCUAUGCAGAUGACCAUGAUGCCCCCGAUGACAUUCCCGCCAGACAGGCGGAUGUCUGUGCCAGAAAGCUCGACUUCUACAAUAGGCCCGACGAGAAAUAUCCGUUCGCGGUCCCGACCUCCAUCGCGUCAAUUACGCGAAAACAGCCAGACUGUCACCUCUACUGUAGGGCCUGCGCCACCUGCGGAGGAGCCUUCUUCGGCUCCUUCUCCGUCAUCUAGCCUGAAACCGCCGAAGGAGCCGGGAUCUACGCCUUACUCUCGUUCACCCGAGCUGCGAGUUUCGCAUAAGCUUGCCGAGCGAAAGCGACGGAAAGAAAUGAAAGACCUAUUUGAUGAGCUGCGGGACCAGCUACCCGCAGAUCGGGGCAUGAAGGCAAGUAAAUGGGAAAUACUUAGCAAAGCUAUCGACUUUGUUACCAAUUUGAAACAAAGUCAUCAAGACAUGGUUCGUGAGAUCGAGUUGCUGAGACACGAGCUGGAAAGCAUGAGACAAGGCAUACCAUCUUUUGGUCCAGGAGCACCACCUCACGCUAUGGUGUAUGGACAGGGCGCACCAGUUCCAGGACCAUAUCCACCACCUCCAGGAGCGAUCUCUCAUCCUCCACCACACACGCAUCAACCGCCCCAUCCGCCCCAGCCACGACCACCAUCGUCGGAGAAUCCAUAUCCAGCAUCCACCAGCCUUCCACCAGCUCCAACAGGAGUACCACCAGCGCCAACUACCAAUGGUGUUGCGAGCAUACCAACGAACAAGUCGGAGGUACAGCCGAUGUAG